CACGCUAAUUUAGUUGAUUUACCAAGUUCUCAGACAGAUAAAAUUCGUUCUAGAUUAUAUAAAGCAUAUAUAGAAGAGACUGGACUCGAUCCUUGGAUAAAGUCUGAAACUUCUGAAUCCUCACAAAGUGAAAAUGCUGAUAAUCAUAUCCUACAGGACAGUUCGUUGGAAACUCAGAUCCAGAAGAAAGACAACAACACGUUAUUAACAUGGUAUUAG